UAGUGUUUGUUUAUGGUGGCUAUGCCAGCUGUCAGCAAAGUUUUCUUACAUAAAUUUGCGAUCGCCGUAGAUCGCGAUAGGAUCAAUUGACAUUCGAAUUGACUGGAUAUUUAAAUUGAAAUAAUUUAUGUCGCGUCGUAUUUAGCAGUCGGCAUAAGAGCGUUGCUCCCAGCCAUCACCAUCAUCGGGCCUACAUGGUCAAAGCCGGUACAGUAGUGUAGUUCGGAACGCAUAAUAGUGGCUGGACCGAUUGACGCGUGACGAUCUGCCGAAAGUAAUACAAAAGACUGGCAUGACAACAACAACAAUAACAACGACAAUCGCAUCGCUCAUCAAUAAUCUACCAUCAUCUAUCUCAAUUUUAUCAAUUAUUUUAUCGUUUGCUCCGUGUGAGGAGUAUAUCAGUUUAAAUUGCAACUGCGGAUCAUUGGAAUUUUUAUUGAAACUACACUCGCAUCUCUAACUAGGUUGUGAAACAUUGUUAUACGAAUUAUGGCGGAAAAACAGAGUUCCCAGAUAAAAAAUAAGGAGCGUCCAAAAGUAGUGGUUGAUUGCGAUGCAGGAUCGGACGAUGUCUUCGCUCUGGCGAUGCUGAUAGCUGCCCAUAAAUUGGAAAAUAUCGAAUUGCUCGCGAUAACUUGCGUCGAUGGCAACACCAGCGUGGAUAACGUGGUGAAAAAUGUUUUCAGAACGUUGCACGUUUGCGAUGCUUCGAACAUACCUGUCUUUAAAGGAGCCAAUUCAGCACUUUUGAACGUGAAUGAUGAAUAUAAAAACAUUGCUUUCCAUGGAUUGGAUGGAUUAGGUGAUGUUUUUGUGAAUAAGCCUGUUGAUAUCAGGGCCCUCAAGGAAGAACAUGCUGUAUGUGCAUUACACAGAAUAUCAAAUGAAUAUCAUGGACAAGUCACGGUUAUUUGCUUGGGACCUUUAACAAAUAUAGCUCUCACAAUGAAAAUGUACCCACAAUUUGUUAAUUCUGUAGACAAAUUUUUAGUUAUGGGUGGAAAUAAUACAGCUGUUGGAAAUACCACUUCUCAAGCAGAAUUUAAUUUUUAUGCUGAUCCAGAAAGUGUUCAUAUUGUACUGAGCAAUGUAAAAAAAAAUUUAUAUCUUUUACCGUGGGAAACAUGUAUGAGAUCAACAAUUACUCAUGAAUGGAGAAAAACUGUUGUAGGAAAAAUCAACAAUCCUGUUAAUAAUUUUUUGAGUACAAUUGAUGAUGCAAUUUAUGAUCAAGACAAGAAAAUUAAAGUACCUUUCUAUAGGCCUUGUGAUGCUUUUGUGAGUGCAUUUUUCCUUAGACCAGACAUUGCCAAAAGUAUAAAAAUGUAUCAUAUUGACAUUGAGCUCAAUGGUAAAAGAACCAGGGGACAAGUAGUAAUUGAUCAUUUAAUGAUGAAUGAACCAAAUGCUUAUAUCAUUGAAGAGAUCAAUUAUGAACUUUUUAAAGAUUUAAUGAUUUUCACUGCUGAUCCUAAUACAGAAAAAAGUAGAGAACUUUUAAAUUGGUAAUUUAUUUAUUAUAAAAAAAACAAACUGGCAAUUUUUAUUUUUCCUAAAUUUUUAACAAUCAAAGUUAUUUAGGAAUGUAAAAUAAUACUUUUUAACACAAUUUUUUUACAGCAGUUGUUAACUAGUAUAAUCAAAUAAGUAACAUCAAUAAAAUAUAUUAACAUUAUCAUA